AUGCGGAGAACAGCUGCCGCCGCCCUCGUCUUCAUUCCCCUCCUAGCUGCGGCGGUGCAGACCUCCUCCCUGCCCUUCAUCGUCCUGCACGGGAUUGGGGACCAGUGCGCCAACCAUGGCGUCGCCAAGUUCACUAAACUUCUCGCCGAUUGGUCCGGCUCCGACGGCCACUGCCUAGAGAUCGGCAGAGGAACAUUGGACUCUUGGGUCAUGCCUCUUCAACAACAGGCUGAUAUCAUCUGCAACAAGGUCAAGGAAAUGAAACAACUGAGAGAUGGCUACAACAUAGUUGGUCUGUCUCAGGGAAACUUGAUUGGUCGAGCAGUAGUUGAGUAUUGUGAUGAUGGACCGCCGGUCAAGAACUUCAUCUCUCUUGGAGGUCCUCAUGCUGGUACCGCUUCUGUGCCGCUUUGUGGUUCUGGUAUUUUGUGCAUUCUUGUUGACGCUCUGAUCAAAUUGGAGAUCUACUCAGACUAUGUGCAGGAACAUCUUGCACCUAGUGGCUACCUCAAAAUCCCAACUGAUAUGGCAGAUUAUCUGAAGAGUUGCAGGUUUCUUCCAAAACUUAACAAUGAAAUUCCAGAUAAAAGAAAUGAUACCUACAAGGAAAGGUUUAGCAGCUUAGAGAAUUUGGUUCUGAUCAUGUUUCAGGAUGAUGCAGUCCUGAUACCUCGAGAAACAGCAUGGUUUGGUUACUACCCUGAUGGAGCCUUUGAUCCUGUUCUACCACCUCAGAAGACGAAGCUGUAUGAGGAAGACUGGAUCGGUUUGAAGACACUGGAUGAAGCAGGGCGGGUGAAGUUUGUGUCUGUGGCGGGAGGUCACCUCAGCAUCUCCAAAGGUGACAUGAAGAAGUAUAUUGUGCCUUACCUGACAAGCAAAGCAUCGGUGAAGACCCUCCUCCGGUGGAGCCUUUCUGAUUUGCUAGGUGCCACUUGGCACGCUGCGCUGGGGCUGAUGGAGGGUGAUGGUGCUGUGCUUGAUUCGCCAUCGUCGUCGUGA